GUCGAGUUCUUUCCCCGUACACGAAAGCUGCCUAGGUUCGAUAUCAACAAUUCCCACUUAUAGACACUCUCCGCAGCGGUAGCACUCGUCGCUACAGUGCCGGUCAGGUUUUCUUUCAUAUUUCAAGGGCACUGCAACGAACACCAUCGACAAAGAUGCAUACUGUUAUGACCCGCGGUAACGCGAUUUUAGCGUACUCGCUGAGCGUUCUUUCCGUACUUACGUUCUGCUGCUUCGCUUCCACAUUCUUCUACGACUAUCGUACGGAUGCACGGAUCAACACGGUGAAGGUGCUGGUCAAAAAUGUGCCCGAUUUCAGUGCAUCGCGGGAGAAGAAUGAUCUUGGUUUUAUUACGUUUGAUCUCGCAACCGAUCUGAACCCGCUCUUCAACUGGAAUGUGAAGCAGCUGUUCCUUUACCUAACGGCGGAGUACACCACGGACCAGAAUGCACUGAACCAGGUCGUGCUGUGGGACAAAAUUAUUCUCCGUGGCGAGAACGCUAACCUGGACUUCAAGAACAUGAACACAAAGUAUUAUUUCUGGGAUGAUGGAAAUGGUUUGAAGGGACACCGAAAUGUGACGUUAACGUUGUCGUGGAACAUCAUUCCGAAUGCUGGACUAUUGCCGAGUGUGUUCUCCCACGGGCAGCAUUCGUUCAAAUUUCCCGAAGCAUACAUUGAGUCGCCGGUCUAGUCGCGUUGAGUAACCUGGCAGGUCAGCGGUUUUUGUCCGCUUUUUUCCACAUGAAGAGUGUACCGUACCCGGGUUUGAAUACCAUUUUGAUUUCUGCAGUGAGCUAAAACGGUUGAAAUAAAAUGGGUAACAAAAACUUUAAAA